CCAGCCAAGUAACAGGUUGGGUUUGAAGGCUUCAGCUGGCAUCGCAACACAAGGAAGGCCUUUCCCGUCAGGGGUCCUGUGUGUCAAGAGGGAGAUGAAGCUUAGAGUCGGCAUGAAGCUGGCACUGCUGUGUCUGUGCAUUGUGCAGCUGGCCUUCGGAAGUCGUCGAAUCAACGACCGUGAAGCCGCUGCCCGCGGGGAUGUGCCGCUGAGGAAGGCCUCUCAUGGCACAGGGUCUACGAAUGGAAUCAGGGUGAGGCCUCUGUUUGCCAGGAGAGGACAUUAUGAACGACAGAGGAUUCUUGUGCCAAAGCCCAGAGGCGGUCCUGCUGCUCAAAAUGAGAUUUGUCCUCCUGCUAAAGUGAGGCCAAAUCCUGUGAAGAUCAAAUGCUCCCAGCUCGCUCAAAGCUGUUUGCCUCAGUCCGGUUGCUGUGACUCGUGUGCAACAUGCCACUGCCGCUUCUUCAAUGUCAUCUGCUUCUGUCGCAAGACAAAAUCGCAAUCUGAGAAAAACAGACAAAAGGAAACACCCCAUCACAUCACAUCAGAGACGAAAAGUCCAACACACGCUACAGGCCAUUGAUCCUGCUACAGUGGUAUCACACCAACCACUUCAAUAGUGAUAAAAUGACAGGCACAUGUCACAGUGCCAGCAUCUUGAGUCAGUAAACAGAUUUACUACAGUCUACAUGACUUUGGUACCUCGUAUGAAAGGCAGCUGCUUCAACAAAUUAUUCAUCCUAAACAUUUAUGUUAAUGUGAAUUUCUACAAAUAACCUAGAAUGCAUAUUAUUUUGUUUGUAAUAUCAAUUACAUUGUUGUUGCAUUUUACCUUUAAAAAACAGAGCCUGGUGAAUGUAUACAUGUGUUAUUGUUGGUGCCGGUUUUUUGGUAAUAUUAAUACGAAUAUUACGUUCACAGAAUUG